AUGUCAAUUGUCAACGAGUCCAUCUGGGCUGCAAGCCCCUCCACCACUCGCGGUCAAGCCACCCAGCUCUCUUCCGACUCCAAAGGUGAGCGACUGGCUUAUGGAUCGAAUAAAUCCGUUUUCGUGCGCUCGAUCGACAACCCCGCAAUCGCCCGUCAGUACACCGAACAUAAGUCUCAAACUACCGUCGCCCGGUUCUCACCUUCCGGAUUCUAUGUCGCAAGUGGCGACGCUUCGGGCAUAGUCAGAGUUUGGGAUUGCCUUGGGGACGGAAUUACCAAGGGCGAAUAUAGCAUCGUCAAUGGUCGAAUCAACGAUCUGGCAUGGGACGGUGAUUCGCAGCGAAUUAUUGCUGUAGGCGAUGGCAAGCAACGAUAUGGCCAUUGUAUUUCCUGGGACAGUGGAAACACAGUGGGGGAGAUAUAUGGCCACACGCAACAAAUCAACACAGUGUCGAUUCGACAACAGAGGCCUCUGCGAGCAGCAGCCGCUGGUGACGAUAAGAAGCUGGUAUUUUACCAUGGAGCUCCUUUCAAAUUCAAUACUGGCAUUGGAGACAAGCAUACGAACUAUAUCUAUGGCGUCGGUUUCAGCCCAGAUGGCUCGCACUUGGUGAGUGUAGGCGCUGAUCGCAAGAUCUGGUUGUAUGACGGCAAGACUGGAGAGACCAAAGGUCAGAUCGGCGAGGGUGAACACAAAGGCAGCAUUUUUGGUGUCUCUUGGUGUAAGGAUUCCAAGAAGUUUGUGACUGCCAGUGCAGACCGAACGGUGAAGAUCUGGGAUGUGGAAGCAGGCAAGCCCACCCAGAGCUGGACUCUCGGAGAGGAGGGUGCUACAGCGGUCCGUCAUCACCAGGUAGGAGUUGUAUGGCCUCCUGGUCGCAGUGACAACCUACUUAUCAGUUUGUCAUUGAGUGGAGACUUGAAUUAUUUGGUCGAAGGCACUCCUCAGCCUCGCCAGGUCGUUCAGGGCCACCAGAAGAGUAUUACCUCUCUGACCGAGUCUGUUGUAGACAACAAGAAGACUCUGUGGACUGGCAGCUUUGAUGGGCGGGUCUGCAGCUGGGAUGUCGCCUCGGGCAUCGCAGAAGAGGUCGAUGGAGAGGGCCACCCUGGAUCUGUUGCUGGUUUGGCUUCAACACCCGAGGGCGCGGGACGGAUCUAUAGUGUUGGCUGGGACGAUACUAUCCGUUCUAUUGAUGCUGCUGUGAAAACUUACACUGGGAGUACGACAAAGCUUACUGGCCAGCCGAAGGGCGUGGCUGCAGGCGAUUCAACCGUCUUGGUCGCGGCUGCCGAGGCCCUUGAAAUAUACCAGGAUGGUACGAAAACUGGCGCCUACAAGGCCAAGUUCCCCAUCACCACUGUAGCUGCACAUGGGACUGUGGCAGCGGUUGGCGGCGAAGAUGGAUCAAUUCAGAUCGGCCAGGUCUCCAGCUCUAGCUUCUCCAGUCAAACCGAUAUUAAAGCCUCCCGAGACCAGAUUUCCUUCUUGGCGUUCUCCCCAGAUACCUCCCUUCUCGCCGCGGGUGACUUCCGUGGUCGCAUCCUGGUCUACAAAGUGGCCGAUGGCAGUUUAGUCACGGAUAGGUGGACUGCUCACACGGCACGUAUUACGUCCAUUGCCUGGAACCCGACAGGAACGCACGUCUUGAGUGGCUCCCUGGACACCAAUAUCUUCGUCUGGAGUCUGGCCAACCCAGGUGACUGGGUUGAGAUGAAGAACGCUCAUAAGGAAGGCGUUAACGGCGUUGCAUGGGUGGAAGGAAGCUCGAAAUUUGCUUCUGCCGGUGCGGAUGCUGCUGUGAAGGCCCCUGGUGUAUCUGUGGUGUUCUCUCAUAAUGCCGCGCCGAACUCGCUCGUGAAACAUACCUGCCGAUGCCAUCUGAAGCUCCAGGUAGCUCCAGCCGCUCUUUGCGGCCCAAGGUAUGUGUACUCACCGCAAACUCACCAGCGCCGAGAUAUUGAUCCCCGACAGCUACCACAGGUAGCUACGUUUAUUCUUCCCCGGACUGGCCAGCGCCUCAAAGGCCUUCUCAAUAUCCGCGGCUCCGGCCUAGCAGACACAUCCGACCGGAACGAUGACGAGCGGCGCGGGUUCAUAUCGAACGAAAUCCAGACACAUCACGAGGGCGACACUACGCCGCUCUACGAGCGAGUACAGGGAGUGCAGACAUGGAUCUAUCAAGGCUUGGCCACAGAGCAUGUGAUCCCCAUUUUAAAAUGUGGACUGGCCUACGUGCUUGGCUCCCUCGCAACUUUUGUUCCCGCCCUUUCGGCCCUUCUUGGCCAUCAAGAUGGUAAACACAUGGUGGCUACGGUCACGGUGUAUUUCCACCCGGCAAGGACACAAGGGAGCAUGUAUCGUGCCUCGAUCUGUGCAUUGCUUGCCUUUUGUUACUCGGCAUUUCUAUCGAUUACAAGUAUGCUUGUGGAGAAUCUCUUCCAGGACACCUUCGACCUCCCCGUACUAGGCCAUGCGCUGGUUCUGAUCGUAUUCUGUGGCGGCGGACUUGGGUUCGUCGGAUGGACCAAACAGCGACUGGGCGAUCCAUUGGUUAACGUCGCCUGCUCACUUACGGCGCUCUCCACCAUUACUGUCUUGACUAAAGAAGGCGCCGUCCAAAAUGGAGAUCUGUCCCUCAACAAAAUUCUCCAGGUUUUGAAGAUGGUGAUCAUGGGAGUCGUGAUAGCCAUGGCGGUCUCAUUCUUAAUCUUCCCCACUUCUGCGCGUAAGGACCUUCGUAAAAACCUCGUGAAGGCCGCUGACACGUUGGCUACUAUGUUGAGUCUCAUCACUGCAAGCUUCUUGGAUGGAUCAGAAGAAAUAUUGGCCUCGGAGAAAUUUCUGAAAGCUGAGAGGGAUCACCGCCAAGCUUACAAUAAACUGGACGGUUUGAUACGAGACGCCAAGCUGGAGCACUUCCUAGCUGGAACGGAGAAAGAGUACCGGUUGGAAAAACGACUUGUCCGAUGGGUACAGGAUAUCACCCAUAACAUGGGAGGCCUGCGCAGUGCCGCCGCGUUACAAUUCAGUCUGAUUCGAGAGCCAACUGCUGCCGACUCCGACACGCCAACUGGUAUAGCCACACCCAACGCAGGUGAAGCUAUGCCGCUCCAGUAUUCAUGGUCCUAUACAGACGGAUCGUUCCUUGAACCCAUUGAAGAACGCCCCGAAGAGGACUUGACAGAUGGGAACUCAACACACGAGUCAGUUUUCAGCCCGGCGGGCGUUUUUAGCAUCUUCAUACAACAUCUUGGCAGGCCUAUGCAUUCACUGGCUUUCACACUGAAGGAAAUAUUCAAUGAGAUCCCAUUUGGACCUGCUCCUGACUACAAAGUGUCAGUGGAUAGUCGGCUUCGAAUCAGCCUUGACCGGGCACUGGAUCUUUACCGACAGCGGCGACGAGAAGCUUUGAAACUGCUUUACCAGCAGACCGAGGCAAUGAGGCUUAAAGGCCCCGAUGCCGAAGCCGAUUUGGAAGAGAUCUCAGCCAGCUGCGGUCACUUCAGUUUUUCCCUUUUGGAGUUUGGAGAACAACUCCAUGAACUAUUGACGAUCCUUGACGAGCUACAACUCGAAACCGAGGAGCGACCAAACGGACGUUCCUGGGGCUGGAUCAAAUUUUGGAGAGUAGAGAAACCCUCCGAAACAGAUGAACCAACUCACCCGGAGACAAAUACGCCCCGACCAUCCCUGCAGACUCAGCUCCAGUUUGAUCAGUUAAAUGCAGCCUCCCUCAAUCGGAAGCCUUCAGCGCCAGUGACCGAAGCUACGAUCAAACAAAGGAUUGGCUAUCGGUUAUGGAAAUCCCUCGAAAUCAUACGCCGUGACGACAUCAAGUAUGCCAUCAAAGUUGGGCUGGGAGCCGCUCUUUAUGCGUUGCCCGCCUUCUUACCCUCAACUCGCCCUUUCUAUCAACGGUGGAGGGGCGAAUGGGGUCUGCUCUCGUACAUGUUGGAUAUGCCCGUUUUGGCGGCACUUGCCUUGGGGCCGUGUGCUAUCCUAUUCUGGCACAUUACGGAUGGUAAUGUGUUUGGUCUUGCGUUCUUUGGAUGGUUAAUGGCGACAUGGACUGCCUGGAUUACACUUGCAAAGGGCAACGGGCCUUUGGGCCGAUUUAUCAUGCUCACAUACAAUCUUUCAGUUCUUUAUGCCUACUCUCUGACGCAAAAGGAAGCCGACGACCCAGAUGAAGGGGGUGAUCACCCGAUCAUUACUGAGAUCGCCCUUCACCGAGUUGUUGCUGUGUUGUCCGGUUGCAUAUGGGGUAUUAUCAUCACCCGCAUUGUCUGGCCAAUUAGUGCCCGCAGUCGAUUGAAGGAAGCGCUGAGUAGCCUUUGGCUACGGCUAGCGCUUGUCUGGAAACGUGAUCCAUUGUCAGUGAUGGCGACGAGUGGAAGAUCUACUGUCUAUAUGACAGCUCGGGAAAGACUCUUACUCGAACGCAGUCUGUCCCGAUUGGAGUCUCUUCGAGUUGCAGCAGGCUCCGAGUUCGAAUUGAAGAGCGCGUUUGCUGAUAUUCCAUAUGCCAACAUUCUGCGGGCUACUCGCAGCAUGGUAAAUGCAUUUGAUGCGAUGAACUUAGAGCUCUUGAAGAACGAAACCGCCACUGAGGGAGAAAUGCGUCUCCUCAAAUACACUGCCAGGGAGCGGCAGCAGCUCUCUGCUCGCAUCAGCCAUCUUUUGAUUGUGAUGGCUUCUUCCAUGAAACUUGAAUACCCCCUGAGUGACGUCUUACCCAGUGUUGACCACGCACGCGACCGACUCUUGGCUCGUAUCUAUCAUUUCAGCCAGGGCGAGGAAUCCUCCGCCAUGGUGGAAGAAGAUCGCGCUUUGCUGUAUGCGUAUAUCUUGGUGACGGGUCAACUGUCCAAGGAGAUCACUGCGAUCCUGCAGGACAUCCGAGAUCUAUUCGGCGUAUUGAACGAGGACGUAGUGCAAAAUUCCCGAAGUUCCUUGACUAGCCUUCCUAAUCCUACCUGCGCCCUUCGGCCUCGCCUCGUCGCGCACCUGCGAGUCCUCCCAGCCAUGCAGAUCGACCCGGCCGCCCUGAGUCGCACUGACUCGGUGUCAAACGCGGCCAAAAAUGCGGCGCAAAAUGCUCCAGCGACCGUGAAGUCCUCGAGGGCUUUGAUCUCUGUGCCGAGGUUGGAUCUGGAGCGUGCCUACACCGAUCUCAAGGCCGCGAUCGGGGAUCAAUGGACCGAGUACAAGGAAUCUACAGCCCUCUUUCUACUAGGACAUUACAACCAAAACGAGUACGCGUCGCGAGUCGACCAUAUCCUUUGCGCCGACCCCAAGACCGAACAUCUUCAUAACAACUUUGUCUGCGCAAUCAUCGGAAACCUCACGCGAGAUCUCCCCGAUCAUGGCGUAGCGAAUUGGGUGUCAGCUAACGACAAACCCUCGGUGGUAUCGAAGCCGGUCUCGGGAGACGCAGCGGAGCAGCGGUUGAAGACCGAGGUGAUGCAGCUUCCUCCUCGAGAUCGCAGAAGAAUCAAAGCAAUUCCAGACCGUGAUCCAAAUGAUUCUGUGCCCAGUGAACUGGAAGAAUACCACCUGGCAAAACAGAUCAAACUUCCAAGCCAAGUUCCUGCAAGUGCUGGAGGACUCAAUAAGACUAAUUGGGAGCUAGAAAUCCGGAAACGAUACGCACAGCCUCUUGCCGCCGAAACGGGCGAGUUUCCCGACGCCGAGUCUAUUCAUGCCCGUAUGGUCCCUAUCUGUUACGAGGAAUCUCUGCCUGGCGGUGCCGGUUUACCGGCCGCUGAAUUCAUGGCCAUUGCGACCGAAACGUUUGUCAAAGACGUGCUAUCUUCCGUUUUCUCGCGUACACGCUCCAAUGGCCCGUCCGGUACGAUCAACGGAAUGAUGAUGCGUAAAUACCGACAGCAGCUCGAGAUCGAAGAGCUCGCCUUCACACGUGGUGAAAUUACCAAAGACACUGCAACGGGACUACUUCCGGUCGAGGCCAAAGAAGCUGCUAUUCGAAGGCCCCUUGGCGUCCGAGAUCUGCGCCAGACCCUCGAGCUUAAUCGUGGGGUCUUGGGACAUAUGCCACUCAUCAUUGACCAGGUCAUGGGUGGGUACUUUGAAGAUGAGCUGGAGACCGAGAAGCAAGACAGGUUGGAGAACGGCGGCACUGAUUCUUUUGACGUCAAAACCAUCGAGGAUGAUGAGAUGGAUCUCGACGAUAACGAUGAUCUCUUUUCAGAUUGGGAAGGUGGCACCGCCGCAGAUCAUGGUCAAUUGGGCUCACUGCUCGAUGAGUGUCUCUCCAUGGCCGCAUGA